AUGGCUGCCACGUCUGAAGCAUCGACGGACGCAAAGGUGCCGGCCAAAGCAAGUGUCUGGCGCCGAGCUACCUCAUUCGGUUGUCUGCUCGUCUACGCCAACCCAUCGUACACUGAUCUCCUCAUCCUCUUCAUUGGUUUCCUAUCUGCCAUCGCCUCCGGUGUCCCCUUUCCCAUCAUCUCCCUUGUCUUCGGUCAGCUGGUGGACGGCCUCAACACGGCCACAUGUGAGGUCCAACCCUCCACGGCUCACGCGUACCAGUCGGACAUCGACCACAAGAUCCUGCUGAUCGUGUACGUCGGCAUCGCCUAUUUCGCCCUCAUCUACAUCUACACUCUCUGCUGGAACCUCUCCGGUGAAAGGCUUGCUCAGCGUCUGCGCGAAAAAGACUUCAGCUCCAUCCUCCGACAGGAUGCGGCUUUCUUCGACAACUUACCCGCCGGCGAGGUGUCUCACGGAUGA